AUGCCGGGCCCUACACCGAAGGGACCGUCCAAACGCCUCCUUGUUUUUUGCGAUGGCACCUGGUGCGGUCGCGAAACCAACGUGGCUGGCGCGCCUCCCAGCAACAUCCGAAUGCUAGCAGACAUGGUGGGAGAUGUCCGAUAUGAUGCCUCCAUCAAGCGACCCGCAACAGUGCACUCAAUCAGACCCCGCGCUGCCAACAUCGUCGCAGGCUACCAGGAAGGUAUAGGUCUUGACGGAACGUUCCUCGAGUACAUCUGGAAUGGUGCAACAGCCUCUGAUAUCGGCGACGAAUGCGUGUCUGUCUACCGCUUUAUUGUCGAACAUUACACUGAUGACCAUGAGAUUUGGCUAUUUGGAUUCAGCCGUGGGUCGUUCACCGUACGCUGCGUGGCUGGCAUGAUCAACAACUGCGGUAUCAUCCACCGUCAGCGAGAUGCCUUUUCCUCAGAAGAGGUCGAUCGUCUGUGCUACGAGAUCUUCCGCACAUACCGUUCAACCUUACCCAUCGAUGCUCCUCAGAGCGAGCAAAGCAAGAGAAUGCGCCAAAAUGCAAACAAAACCUGGCAAGUGAAGCAGCCCAUCCGCUGCAUGAGCGUCAUCGACACAGUUGGUUCCCUUGGUAUCCCUCGCCUCAACGCGGGUAUCGGCAUCGACUGGGCACCUUUCGAGUUCUUCGACCAGCACGUCUCAACUGUCGUGCAGCACGUCCGCCACGCUCCUGCCCUGCACGACAGGCUGUGGGCAUUCCAGCCCUGUCUCGCUUUCCCCAGCAAAAAGGCAACAAACACAGUCGUUGAGCAAGUGUGGUUUCCUGGUGUGCACUAUGAUCUCGGUCGCCAAACCUUCCGCUUCAUACGACAGCAUCCAACAAAUUACAUUGAAGAGGCACUCGGCUGGUUGCCAGAUCUGCUUAGUCGUACGAUCUGGCCUAACGAAGUGCUCGCCGACAACGUGCUGAGGUGGAUUCUGGAAGGCAUUCGAGAUGUAAACGAUAGCGGCACCGCCAUCAUCCCCAAUGUGGACGAUAAGAUUGCUGAGAUCACCGCACGCAUCGCCAACCCAAGACCGAACAGUACUGGGAGUGGCGAUAUCUACGGUAACAUCAUUGAGUUCGCACCCGCGGGUUUAAUCAUCGGGGGGAUACAGAAGGUAUCUGGCGCGAUCACGUGGGGGCUGAACAAAGCAUUUCCGAAGCUGGGAGACAACAUCCAGGAUCUACUUGGUAUUCGCACGGUCAUAAAUGUCCUUACGGCGACGGCAGACCGGAGGAUCCCUGGCUCUGCUGCCGACGUGAAUGCGUACAGGGGACCUUUGAGCAUCGCAGAUAACGCACGCAUGGCAGAGACCAACGAGUGGGGGAAGGCCAGGUACCCAAGCAAGACUUUCGAGAACCAUGAACUGUGGACGGAGGUCUUUGGGGAUGAGAGAGUUACGUAG